GUGAGGAAGCCUCGGCAUCGCGCGGUUUCCUCACUCUGGCGGCGGUUCUGCUGCCGUCUGGGCGAUCGCGAGGCAGUGUGAGCAGCGCCAGGAGGCCGGGCAGUUUUGUGCGGAAGACGCUUCAAGACGCUCGCUUGUUCGCUCAACUCAUUUUCUUUGCUAUUACAUACAAAAAAAAUAUUUCCACGUGUUUUCUAAUAUUAUUUGAAUAGGAGAUACAAAAAAUAUAUAUAUGAACAAGUGACUUCAAAGGAAAUCAGAGGAAAACAGUGACAAUAUUAAAUGAACUGCAAGACGAUUUCGGCUUCGCAAAUCCGCGAGAGAAAAAAAACUAGUUUGUGAUAGUCUAGGUCACCUGUUGCAUGCUGCUGCAAGUCAUCAUUAUUCUCAAGUUUGCUUUGCUUCGCCUUAGUGGAGAUCGCUAGUGUUGCUGGGGAAGCGGUGGACGGCGGGACGUGCACGCCUGCGGAUUCUGCACGUGUGUGUGUGUGUGUGUUUAUGCGCGCUCGACAGGGUUGACUUCUCUCUCUCUCUCUCUCUCUCUCUCUCUCUCUCUCUCUCUUCUUGCCGUGCCCUCAUCUCAUUCUCUCUUUCAUCUGUUCAUUCUUUUUUCUCUGUUUAUCUCCCGUCUUUAUCUCCUCCAUUCAUCCUCUCCUCCCAGUGCAAAAGUGUCCCUUUCUUUAAAACCUCGCUGAGAAAAAGAAAAAAAACUGGAAAACGACCAAAACAGAACACACUCGAGAUCGACUUCAGAGAGAAGUUCCCCGCAGAACCUCGUCAUGGCGGACGACACCAAAUCCGACGACCUCAAGAAGUCGUCGAUGCCCUGGAUGACCAAACUGAGCUUUGGCGUCGGUCACGUCUUCAACGACCUCUGCGCCUCCAUGUGGUUCACGUACCUCCUCAUUUUCUACGAGAAGGUCCUGCUGUUUGACUCGACGGUGGCCGGUCUGGUGCUGCUCGUGGGGCAGAUCGCGGACGGUGUGAGCACGCCAAUCGUCGGCAUUUUCUCGGACAAGCAAAACAAAAUCCCGAUUUGCGCGAGAUACGGGAGGCGGAAGGUGUGGCAUCUGCUUGGCACGGUGCUGGUCAUCGUGAGCUUCCCCUUCAUCUACAGCAACUGCCUGGGGUGCGAAGGCAUGGACCAGUGGUCGCAGCUCGCCUACUACUGCAUCUUCGUGUGCGUCUUCCAGUUCGGGUGGGCGUGCGUGCAGAUCUCCCACUUGGCGCUCAUCCCCGACCUCACCAGCAAGAAGCACCAGCGGACCGAACUCAACUCCAUCAGGUACGCCUUCACGGUGCUCUCCAACCUCACCGUCUUCACCAUCACUUUCUUCGUCCUGAACACGGGCGCCUCGAGCUCCCAAAGCACGGACGGUAAUUGCACCAUGACCACGAGUCCGAGUCCGAACCCGACGUCGAAUCCGAUCCUCAGUUCGGGAAUGGUUCGAGCCGACGAGUGUUCGAGCACGGAGACUAUCGGACCCGAAGAUGCGAACAAGUUCAGGAACAUCGCCCUCAUCUGCGUGGGCGUGGGAGCUGCCUUCUCCCUCAUCUUCCACCUGGGAGUCCGGGAGCCGCCCUACAUCCCUUCCAAACAGCAGGAUGUUAUGUCAAUCGAGGAGCAAGGAACCAGGAAGCAACAGCCGAGGAGGAUGAAGAAGGUGGACUGGUUCAAGGAACUUCCCUUCUACCAGAUUGCUGUGCUCUACAUGGCCACCCGACUCUACGUUAAUUUGUACCAGGUGUACAUCCCCCUGUACGUGCAAGAGACGCUGAGUCUGAGCGAGACGUUCAUCGCCACCGUGCCGUUCGCCAUGUACCUGGCGGGCUUCCUCGGCUCACUGGUCAUGAAGGAGAUCAACAAGAAGAUCGGGAGGAAGAGGACCUUCGCCGUUGGUUGCUUGGUUGGUAUCGCCGGCUGCCUGUGGGUAUGGUUCGGCCAAGGCGACUACUACGCGCAGUGGGGCAUCUUCCUGGUGGCGAUGCUCCUGGGUAUUGGAGGCUCGACCCUUCUCAUCACCUCCUUGUCCAUCACCGCCGACCUCAUCGGCAGCAACGUCGAAGGAGGAGCUUUUGUGUAUGGCUUCAUGAGUCUCGUCGACAAGUUCUCCAACGGCAUCAUAAUCAUGAUUAUCCAGGACUCCAACCCCGAUGAGCCGUGGUACUACCGCAGUGUGAUCACCUUUGCCUGCGGAGCGUCAUGUAUCCUGGGUCUCCUCGUCACCAUUUCCCUCAUCAACGUCAAAGUCGGCCGGAGACGAGGAGAAUCGGUUGUCCUGGACAUCCUAGAGGAGCCAGACGCGCCCGAAGAGGAGGGCGGAAUCGACAACCCCGCGCUGACCAUCAUCUCCGACGGCAAGAUCCCGAUGGAAGUCAAGCCCAACGCGUGCCAACUCAGAGCCGAGGAUAAUCCCAGCAUGUGUCAGCUCGGCUUGAGGGACGUCCCCGCUCUGUGCCCGAAAGGAUCAGACAACUCCGAAAAGGCAGAAGGGCUAGAAACGAAACGCGACGGAUAGAUAUAUAGUUUGAAAAGAGCAUUAUGUGAAGUGCUAAUGCAAACAGAGAAAAGACGUACAAGUGCAUUAGUUAUGAUGACAUUUCCAGUGAGGUGCGAUCGCGUAAUGCAGGUUAGGAGAAGGCGGUUGUAUAAUGGUCACGUAUAUGACGAAAAAUACUAUCGCUUUGAUAAAAUGGCAGAAAAAACAACCACACAGUUCAGGUUCAUGAAAAGAUGACAACAGUUUCGAAACCCUAAAUCUCGGAACUGUUGCCUCUCUUUUCGCCCCUUGUGCUUAGAUUUUUUUUU